AGAUCCUGCACCGAGGCUGCAGCAAACAUUUGGUGAUAUCACCGGCUGUUUACAUUCUUACAGAUGAUGCAGACAUGUUGUUAUUAAAGGACAACCUGACAGCCACUCAUCCGGGCACAAAAACCCACAGACAGAUCUCUGUGACGGUAUUGGUCACAUUCCUGAUUGCGUGAACGAACCCGGAAGUGAAUCGUCCCUGUGAUGUGAUGUGAUCAAAAUGAUCGGAGAUCUGUUGAUAUUCGGGACCUUACUGGUGAAUGCAGGGGCUGUGCUGAACUUCAAGCUCAAAAGGAAGGAGUCUCAAGGAUUUGGAGAUGAGUCCAGAUCACCGACGACAGGUGACAACAUCAGAGAGUUUCUGCUCAGCCUGCGAUACUUCCGGAUCUUCAUCGCUCUAUGGAAUAUCUUCAUGAUGUUCUGCAUGGUCCUAUUGUUCGGUUCUUGAUCAAAAUUUGUGGCAACUGGACCUCCAUCAGGAUGCUGAUUCUCCAAUGUGGAUGCUAUAAACUUCUCCCUAAUCGGAGUUUAACGUUAUUUUGGCCCUUUAAACUGUAAUUAAGUUGCAUUUUCUCUACAACCCCAAAUUGUAAAUCUGCUUCUGGCUGUACAGGAAUUUAUGAAUUGCUUUAUUUAUUUUGUCGUAGAGAAGUUGUUACAUUUGUACCCCCCCUAAUGUAACUGUAACUGCACCAGCACCAUUGCCUUUCCUGGAUAUGUAUUGUAAUUUGCCGCUGCGCUUCUUUAUGGAACUUGAGGUUUUUUUUCUCCAGCCUCUCAGUUUGCUUUUAAACAAAACAGCAUGGUUAAAAAUUAUGGAUAACUUCACUGUCAGGAUGUAAAAUGUUUUUAUGAGACUUUUUAUGUGUGUCAUCAUUAAAGGUCCCGAAGUAAACAGAUUAACUAAAGCAGGGGGAGAAUCUUGUGACUUACCAAGAUCAUCUUGCUUAAACAUUCUCUCUUUUACUUGCACACCUGUCACAGUUCAGCUUAAUUCACUGUUUUCACGGUCGCUUAAUGAACUCUACAUCUCCUCUGUACAAACAGCUACAAAUGUACGCACCAGCUGUUAUGAUCUAGUGUAGUGAAGGUCGAUAGAGACUAUGUUAAUGCAGAUUUAAAACAGAAAAAAAGAAGCCAUUUCCUUUCAUUCUGGGACUGGUGCUGUAAUAACAUGUAUAUGCCCUACAAUGUAAAUGUGUCCUUAUUCCCAACUAUACAAAUACACAGUUUUCUUAUCCAAGGUCUGUUAAUUGACUUGUAUGGUUAUGCCUGUCUAUUGUCACAAGGGAUGCUUGAGCCUAUUCUGACCUCAUUACACAUUAGAUACAGUUUUGUCAAUGUUAUAAACUGAUGCCAUGAAUCUUCCUCCUAAUAAUACUUAAUAUAUACUACAGACUAAUUGUAUACAGUAUGUACUGUACACUCAUCUCACUAUACAGUUUGGGGGAGUUUAUAUUAAAAAAAAUAACAUACUUUGCUGUCAUAUAUAUUUUAUAUUAAAAUUGAAACUGCUACUUUAGACUGUCAAUGACAAUUAAAUUGAACAAAUAAAGUAAAAUUGUCAAUUAUCUCUUAAUAACAAAAAGGUCCUUGGCUUUUGUAAUGUAUGUAUGGAAAUAAAUAGA